AUGGAUCCGUCACUAUCGACGAGUCUUAUCGAAGUGAAGGAUCUGAAGGUGGCGGUGAAGGAUAGCGAGACAAAGCAUGUUGUUGAGGCAGUGGAAUCGUUUAAAGGACCUCUAAUCGCCGGUGUAACGCCAAUUCAUUCGGUGCGAUUGUAUGUGCAACGUCAAAUCGAGCGUAUUCUGAAGUCGGAUGCGUAUCGUUCAAAUGCAUCAAAUGGAUAUGCAAAUGAUGCACUUUUAAUAUGGCAACUUCUCGAAAUGAUUGUUCAACAACAAGGGGUUAGUGUUUAUUUAUUUAUUUAG